AUGACCGACUCCAGCUUCAUUCAAGCGCAACAGAGAGUCGCGGCGCGGCGCCAGGCUCGUGAGGCUGAAGCUGUCGCCAUACUUGCCGCCCAGCGCGAAGCUUCCCGAGCCAGCUCUCAGCUUCAGCGACUGCCAUUCCCCUUCAAUAGACUCUCGCCAGCAUGGGAUGCCAUGUCGUCGCGCGAAGGCACUCGGCCUGCAUUUCGUGUCGCCCAGGUAGAUGCCGAGCUGCUCGAUGAGGAACUUGUUACCCUCCUCAGGGACCAGGUCUGCGAUGCGCUCAAAUACUUUGGCGGGGGACAUUUGCACGACGACUGGUCGGCCGAGAUUCUGCUGGCUCUCAGGGCCAUCCUCUUCAAGUUGACCGUUUGGGACCACGACGCUACAUAUGGCGCGGCGCUACAGAAUCUCAAGUACACGGACGCGAGGAAACACGGCCCUGUCCUUUCACCUCCUUCCAGAGUACAAAAGUCCCUCUACGGUCUGAUCACCGUCUUUGGAAAGUAUGCUUGGACAAGGUGGGAGGACUGGCUGUUGGAGCAAGAUGACGGCUACGAUCAGCCCAGCCCCCGAAUUCGCCGCCUAUCUCUCUGGACGUCGCGGCUGACUACAAUGCAUUCCACUGCGGCUUUGGCUUCGUUCUUGGUGUUCCUGCUCCAUGGCCGCUACAGGACAUUACUGGACCGAAUUUUAAGAAUGCGACUGGCGCCUCCGACAAGUCAGGUCAGCCGGGAAGUGUCAUUCGAGUACCUCAACCGCCAGCUUGUUUGGCACGCUUUCACCGAGUUUCUACUCUUUGUUCUCCCCCUGAUCGGCAUCAACAAAUGGAGGCGUUGGCUGAGCAAGACUUGGCGAAAGACCAAAGAGAUUGUAAAUUCUGGAGCCGAAGGCGAGAAGUCGGCCAAUGGUGAAUACGGUUUCUUGCCGGAGCGGACAUGCGCUAUCUGCUACCAGGACCAGAAUGACUCCGCCACGACGGAAACAGAGAUCAUGGCGGCUGCAGCCUCAAGUGGUGUGAUUGGCUCGUCACAGACCGAUGUCACGAACCCCUACGAGACGAUUCCAUGCGGUUGCAUCUACUGCUUUGUCUGUCUGGCUACGCGACUGGAGAGGGAGGAAGGCGAAGGCUGGACGUGCUUGCGGUGUGGCGAGCAUGUCAAGGAGUGCAAACCGUGGAGCGGAGACGUGCUGGAGCCAGCAGUAGUGUCGUUCAGGUCGGCGUCAACCAAGACGGUUGCAUUCACGGUCGACGUCACAGGCGGCAUUCUGGAGGAGGAAGUGCCGCGGCGCGAACGUUCGGAGCCGGAGGAAACGUCUGCGGAGAAUUCGGCCGACGACUUUGACGAAGGAUUUGACGAGGGAUCCGACAUAGUGGAUGAGGCGUCUGAUGUUGGGUCUGAUAUCGGCUCGGAUGGCGGCGAUUGA